AUGGCUGCGCGAGCCCUAUUGACCAGAAAAACCCUAGCCUCGGUGCUUCGCAACGACGCCAAGCCUCUCGGAGUUGGCAUAGCUGCGGCUACUCAUUCCCGCGGCUUGCAUGUCUACACGCUACCUGAUCUGGACUACGACUAUGGCGCGCUGGAGCCAGCCAUUAACGGCGAAAUCAUGCAGCUCCACCAUCAGAAGCACCAUCAGACUUACAUCACCAACUACAACAAGGCCCUCGAGCAGCUCCAAGAUGCCGUCGCCAAGGCCGAUUCCCCUGCCAGCGUUAAGCUCCAGGCCGCCAUCAAGUUCAAUGGCGGAGGACAUAUCAACCAUUCUAUUUUCUGGAAAAAUCUAGCUCCUGUUCGUGAAGGAGGUGGCGAGCCACCCAAGGGUUCACUGGGAUGGGCUAUUGACACUCAUUUUGGCUCUUUUGAAGCAUUGAUACAAAAGGUUAAUGCAGAAGGUGCAGCACUGCAGGGGUCUGGAUGGGUGUGGCUUGGUCUGGACAAAGAGUUGAAGAGGCUUGUUGUUGAAACCACCGCUAACCAGGACCCACUGGUUACUAAGGGACCAAGCUUGGUUCCGUUGCUUGGUAUUGAUGUUUGGGAGCACGCGUACUACUUACAGUUUUCAAAUGUCUAA